AUGGUUAAUGCAGCAAGUGGAGGUUCAAUUGUGAAUAAAACUGCACAAGCUGCUAAAGAUUUGAUAAACGAGCUAGCUGAGGGCUCGAGACAAUUCACUAGAAGAUCAGGGCUCGUCGUAUGGCUACCGAAAGUCCUGGAACUUCAAUUAGAGGAUCAAGUGCAAGCAUUGACAUCUAUGGUUCGGGAAUUCAUGACAAAAGACAAGAAUACUCAACAUGUGAAAGCUUGUGGCAUUUGCUCUUUAAAUCAUUCCACAGAUUUUUGUCCUCAUUUGCAGGAGGAAGCGAGUGAAGAGGUAAGGCGGCCGGAUUUCAGGGCCAAGGUUUUCAGAAGCGGGAAAUAUGGUUCAAUUUCAGGAGGAGACCCGAUCGAGCAUCAAGAAUCUGGAGCAACAAAUGAGUCAGGUUCUGGAGCAGAAGAGAUAAAGAGGUCGAGGAGGAGAUUGUUGUUUAUAGCCAGACCGGAGCCUGAGCCAGAACCAGAGCCCGAACCUGAGCCUUCCACAUCUCAUGAGAAGUCCAAGCAACCACCACCUCCACCACUUUAUGAGCCAACUCCUCCUUUUCCAGAAGCACUGCGAGAUACUCGGAAAAAAGAAUGUGAUCGUGAUAUUUAUGAGACUUUCCGUAAGUGUGAGGUAAAUAUUCCCCUUUUGGAUGCUUUAAAGCAAAUUCCUAGGUAUGCUAAAUUUCUUAAAGAAAUGUGUACAACAAAAAGGAAACAAAGGUUAAGGGGAGCCCAAAAGGUAAAGGUUAGCGAGCAUGUCUCUGCCAUGUUCCAAAAGGCACUUCCUCCGAAGUGCAGUGAUCCGGGCAUGUUCGCUAUCCCUUGCGUGAUUGGGAACACCACAUUUCCUAGGGCUAUGCUAGAUUUAGGGGCUUCGAUUAAUGUUAUUCCAUAUUCUUUGUAUGAGUCUUUAAAACUAGGCACCCUACAUGAAACUGGUGUUGUGAUUCAGUUAGCUGACCGCUCUAAUGCUUACCCGAAAGGGAUAGUAGAAGACGUGUUGGUUAAGGUCGAUAAGUUAAUCUUUCCUGCUGACUUUUAUGUUUUAGAUAUGGAGCAUGACAAGCACGCUACUCCUAUUUUGUUAGGAAGGCCAUUUCUAAAAACUGCUAGAACAAAAAUUGAUGUGCAUAGUGGAUGUCUUACGAUGGAAUUUGAUGGAAGCCUUGUAGAGUUUAACAUCUACGAUUCCAUGAAAUUCCCGAGAGAUGACCACUCUUGUUACUCCAUAGAUGUCAUUGAUUCAUAUUCGCAGGAUGUUUUCGAUAUAGGUGGAGAAGAUUCUUUGCAGGUAGCUCUUGAACAUAGCUUGGAAGGAAAUGAUGUUGAGUAUGUUUUAAGUGCUAACUUGCAGGAAACAGUCCAGGCUUUGGAGGAACAUGUGACUUUUCCACUCGUUCCUUCCUUUGUGGGUCCUUUGCCUUUGACUAUCCCUCCGGGGAAGCUUUUACCAUCUAUUUUGCAGGCACCCGUAGUUGAGCUGAAAUCAUUGCCUGAGCAUUUGAAGUAUGCAUUCCUUGGAGAUGGAGAUACACUCCGGUGA